GGCCCGUGAGCGAAUCUCGCUACGCAAAUGCCCUCAAAAAGAUGGGGGAGAAGAUGUGGAGAAAUCCGCUGAAGACGGGCUUGUGAGUUAGGUUCACUUCGGAAUGCUGAAGCGUGCCUACCAGCAGUCUGUGCUCUCAGGUCAACUUCCUGUCGAGCUCGUAAUGGCUGACUUGAGACAUCGUGAUGCCCCCGCGUCCACCAGGUUCACUGCCGGCGUGUUCGCAGUCCCUGCCUUCUUGACUGGCGUUCAUGUACAAAGACAGAAGACGCUUCGAGAGCGCAAGAAGCUCUGGCGAGAAACGCACCCGCGACGUCGUUCUCUUGUUUGGGAGGAUCGAGCAGCACCUCUUCUCAUUAAGCGUGAUGACGGCAUGGCUCUCGAGAAGCGCGUGCCUCCCCCGCUAGAGACGAUCUUUCGCGUCCAUGAACCGGUCGCUCAACUCUUCCCCUCGGCACGUCAACACGAGCUGGAGGCGAUCGAGCACGCCCAGGGGCGCAGCAAGAAGAUCAAGCAAGGGCUCAAGGUUGCAGGCGCUGUGGGCAUAGCGGGCGGUGGGACCGCACUUGCAUACUGGGCAGGUACACGUCUUGCAUACAUGCCCAAGUCGGAAAUGGAGCGCUACAACCAGUCGCAAGAGCCUUGACAUGUUGUGUUCUCACCAAGCAUCGCCAUCCUAAAAAGGUCCUACCUUUCCCGGCUGUUUCUGAUCGCCUUGCUGGUCUACCUCCUGAAGACAAGUUUGAUACAACAUGCAUGUUCAAGCUCUACCUUGAUUUGACAGAUGAUUGUAUU